CGUUGUGGAGGUCCAGUCGUCGCCAGCCGGCUUGCGGGUCAGCUGCUCUCCUAACUCGCUUCGGUCAGGAGUCAACCGAAAAGCCGGGAUAUUGUUUCCUUUCCACGCACAACCUCUCACCGGACCUCUAGGUCUUUCUGUUCGGUGAAAUUUACUACUCUGUUCUCGGAGUGUUUCCCCGUGUAGGUGGAAGUGCUGUGUCGGGUGUUGCGAGAUGUUUUCCCCGGGCAGGACCGUCUCCUCCAGGCUGCUGGGAUCCGUCCGAGGACGCCCCUUCCUCCCGCUCAGCUUCGCCCACAGCGCCGCUGCCGCCGCGCCGAGGGAGCUGAUAAAGAGCCACGAGCUGGAGCGAGAUGAGCUGAGACCUCUCUACAUGGACUUCCAGGCAACAACUCCCAUGGACCCCAGAGUGCUGGACGCCAUGUUGCCCUACCAGGUGAAUUACUAUGGCAACCCUCACUCCAGAACACAUGCCUACGGCUGGGAGAGCGAGAGCGCCAUGGAGAGAGCCAGGAAGCAAGUGGCUGAUCUGAUAGCUGCAGACCCUAGAGAAAUCAUCUUCACCAGCGGAGCCACAGAGUCAAACAACAUGGCGCUCAAGGGUGUGGCUCGGUUCUACAAGGCUAAACGCAGACAUGUGAUCACCACCACCACUGAACACAAGUGUGUUCUGGACUCCUGUCGGGUCCUGGAGACUGAAGGCUUUGAUGUCACCUAUUUACCAGUGCAGAGCAACGGACUGGUGGACCUGAAGGUGCUGGAGGAGUCUAUUCGUCCAGACACAUCUCUGGUGUCAGUCAUGACUGUAAACAAUGAGAUCGGAGUCAAACAGCCCAUCAAGGAGAUAGGUCAGAUCUGUCGUUCUAAAGGAGUGUUUCUGCACACGGAUGGAGCCCAGGCUGUAGGGAAGGUCCCCAUCAACGUGCAGGACUGGAAGGUGGACCUGAUGUCCAUCAGUGGACACAAGAUCUAUGGUCCGAAAGGUGUGGGUGCGCUGUAUGUGCGCCGUCGCCCCAGGGUGCGUUUGGAGCCGGUGCAGAGCGGUGGGGGGCAGGAGAGGGGCCUGCGCUCUGGGACUGUGCCCACCCCGCUGGCUGUGGGGCUGGGAGCCGCCUGCCACAUUGCCCAGCAGGAGCUGGAGUACGACCACCAGAGGAUAUCCAUGCUUGCAAAUCGUCUGGUCCAGAAGGUCAUGUCUGAAAUUCCUGAUGUCAUCAUGAAUGGAGACCCCGAACAACGAUACCCAGGUUGUGUCAAUCUGUCCUUUGCAUAUGUGGAAGGAGAGAGUCUUCUGAUGGCCCUGAAAGAUGUUGCCCUUUCAUCUGGAAGUGCAUGCACCUCGGCCUCUCUGGAACCUUCCUAUGUGCUGAGAGCAAUUGGAGCAGAUGAGGACCUUGCUCACUCUUCAAUCAGAUUUGGUAUUGGCAGAUUCACCACAGAAGAGGAGGUGGAUUAUACAGCUGAGAAGUGCAUCCAGCAGGUCCACAGGCUCCGGGAGAUGAGUCCUCUCUGGGAGAUGGUGCAGGACGGCAUUGAUCUGAAGAGCAUCAAGUGGACGCAGCAUUAAACCACUCCCACUUCUCCAUUUCCUGGUUACGAUGAUUACACUUGGAAUUCUGGGAACUCACGAGCCUUAUUUCCUGUCAGCAAACACGCACAAACAUCCUGUCUGGUUAAAGGCAGUUAUCUUCCCUCACUGUUUUCUAGUGUUUUGAUUUUUGUUGUCUUUGGGAGAGAGGCAGGAUUCUUCUCAGGUUGAGGCUGCUCAUCCAAUGGAACUUAUCCGCUCCUGUUGCCAGGCAGAUUUCAUGCUGUUUCUCAUUCCACUGGCCAUUUACAAGAAUUUUAGAGGAAAUGACCAUAAUCUGCCCGGCAACAGUGGCUAAAAUAAAGAGUUGUUUAGUGUGUGGAGUUUCCUAAAUGUUCUGGCAAGUUGCCCCUGCUGGGCUCCUGGAUCAGCCUGGAGAACACUUUGUUCUCCAGGCUGUGUUUGGGUUUGAGUGAAAAAUCUGAGCAUGACAAAGACCCUGAUUUUAGAAAUGUGAUCCAGUCUAUCCUGAGCCGGUGGCUCUGGAAGUGAUCAUGAUGUGUUUUGUACCGAGGUCAAACAAACUGAUGCUAAUACAAGUCAGUAGUUGACUUCACUUUUAUAGUGUGAAAUCCCUCUCUCCUUUUCCUUCCCAUCCUUUCCAAAGAAGUUCCAUUUAAAUGCCCUUCCUGUCCUCCUCCUCCUCACUCUUCCAUCCUUUCUCCUCAUCUCACGGUAGUGUUCAUUUAUGCAGUUAUUAUUCAUGAUGGUAAUCUAAUCAUAGUUCCACACUGACUAACUGCACCCAACAGUAGAAGAUCAGCACUAUAUCUUUACUAGAUCCUAUUCAUCACUUCAUGUAUCACCAGCUCUCCAGCAUCAUUCUGUCUCUACAGCUUCUAGCUCUCUAGAACCUUGACAUGACAGAUGUUUUAUUUAUUUGUGGAGAACGAAUAACCAGAUGUUUACUGUUCACUGUUUCUAAAGUAAAAGUUCUGCUGUGCUAUAAAAGUGA